AGGUUGUUUUUGGUAAAGGGCAGGAGGCGGAAGACGAGUGGAAGGAUAUAUAGAGUACACGUGAUAGGUCCUUCCUUUUCCUGUGGGAGCAGCCGGGUAGAGAGGAGCGUGGCCUUCUCCUCUCCCCGUCAUGGCUUGUGCCCGUCCCCUCAUAUCUGUGUACUCUGAAAAGGGAGAGUCAUCUGGCAAGAAUGUCACUUUGCCAGCUGUGUUUAAAGCUCCCAUUCGACCAGAUAUUGUGAACUUCGUUCACACCAACUUGAGGAAAAACAACAGACAGCCUUAUGCCGUCAGUGAAUUAGCAGGUCAUCAGACCAGUGCUGAGUCUUGGGGUACUGGCAGAGCUGUGGCUCGAAUUCCAAGAGUUCGAGGUGGUGGGACCCAUCGAUCUGGCCAGGGUGCUUUUGGAAAUAUGUGUCGUGGGGGUCGCAUGUUUGCACCAACCAAAACCUGGCGUCGUUGGCACCGCAGAGUGAACACAACCCAAAAAAGAUAUGCCAUCUGUUCUGCCCUGGCUGCCUCAGCCUUACCAGCUUUGGUGAUGUCUAAAGGUCAUCGUAUUGAGGAAGUUCCUGAGCUGCCUUUGGUGGUUGAAGAUAAAGUUGAAGGUUACAAGAAGACCAAGGAGGCUGUUCAGCUGCUUAAGAAACUUAAAGCUUGGAAUGACAUCAAAAAGGUCUAUGCCUCUCAGAGAAUGAGAGCUGGCAAGGGCAAGAUGAGGAACCGACGGCGGAUCCAGCGCAGGGGCCCCUGCAUCAUCUAUAAUGAAGAUAACGGUAUCAUCAAGGCCUUCCGAAACAUCCCUGGUAUUACUCUGCUUAACGUAAGCAAGCUGAACAUUUUGAAACUUGCUCCGGGUGGGCAUGUGGGACGUUUCUGCAUUUGGACUGAAAGUGCUUUCCGGAAGUUGGAUGAGCUGUAUGGCACUUGGCGUAAGGCUGCAUCCCUCAAGAGUAACUAUAACCUUCCCAUGCACAAGAUGAUGAAUACAGACCUUAGCAGAAUCUUGAAAAGCCCAGAGAUCCAAAGAGCCCUCCGAGCACCACGAAAGAAGAUUCAGCGUAGAGUCUUGAAGAAGAAUCCACUGAAGAACCUGAGAAUCAUGUUGAAGCUGAACCCUUACGCAAAGACUAUGCGCAGGAAUACCAUCCUUCGCCAAGCCAGAAAUCACAAACUUCGGGUGAAAAAGCUGGAAGCAGCAGCUGCUGCUCUGGCAACCAAAUCCGAGAAGGUUCCAGAGAAGAGUACUGCAGACAAGAAGCCAGCAGUAGGUAAGAAAGGAAAGAAGCCUACAGAUGUCAAGAAGCUGAAGAAGCCUGCAGGGAAAAAGGUGGCUACCAAGAAACCAGCAGAGAAGAAGCCUACUACAGAAGAAAAAAAGCCUGCUGCAUAAACUAUUAAAAUUUGUUAAAUUCCAGAGAGCAGAGACAGCCUAUUUGAAUAAAUCACAGAAACCAU